UCUCAAGCAGCAGACAUUUUAGCAUGUGUAGCUGGUCAUAAAAGAUUUCAGAAAUUUCAGCUGCCAUUUCUGCCUCAGAGGUAAUAAAGGUGCUUUUAGGAAGGCAGCAAAAGUGAGUGUGAUACCUGGUUUGAGAGAGAGGAAUGACAGCAACUCAUAUUGUUUCUUCUGAUGUUUGCCAAUUUGUUAGUAAAAAUGAAACUUGGGAAGAAGGAAAGAAAUAUCUUUUGAUGUUUGGUUGGCUGGGAAGUCUUAUGACAGAGCUUGGAGCUGCCUCUCCGUGCAAGAAGUCACAGCUGUCUCCCUCCUGAGAAGAAAUCACUCAGUGAAUGAGGAUACAGGAUCUUGCAGAGUGUAUGUGACUGCAUUAAUUUGACAAAGGCAAUGAGUCUGCAUGGAAACAGGCACCAAGCGUUGCAGACAUGCAGCCGCUAACCUGCCCUGUGCAUCAUCUCUUUCCUUCUCUUGAACUGACGGGAAAGAAAUGAAAAGCCAGAGAAAGGAGGCAGGUGCAGGCUGCUGCUCAGCUGUCGCUUUGCGUGCGGCCUCGGUGCCUUCCACCGCCCUGCGCAGCAGCGCGGCAGGCAGGGGUGGCCUCCCGAGCCCGCGGUCCCGGCCGGGAAUGGAGCAGCUACCCCGGACACUGCGCUGCUUCGCACCGCCUGUCUCCCGGGCGGCGCCUCCUUCUCCCUCCUCUACCUAAGCGCUCGGGGAGACUUCGCGAGGUGAAGAGCGUGGUUUGUGGCUGUCGGGGUGGGGGGGCUUGUUUGUUUCCUGCCCCAUCGCAUUUUUAUGAUCGCAAGGAGGAAGGAGCCUUCAGGUCACCCGGAGAACUGCUCGUCCGGCAGCCCGCAAACAAGGGCUCCUUUGAUUGCCAGCAGCUUCGCUCUGCGGCGGCAGCGGCCGGCAGCCGGCGCGGGGAGCGCGGAGCGCCCUGGGCUUUGAUGUCCCGGCGAUGCCGGCGCCCCGCGCCCCUGCUGCUGCCCGCGGGCGGGCCGGGCGCUGAGCCCCGCCGGCGGCCGCCCGGCGCCCCCCCAGCCUAAGCCUGCGCGCCGCCUUCCCCCGGGACCCGCGGGCGCUGCCCCGCCGGCUCGGGGCGCCCCGCGCCGCCUCCGCCCGGCGCUGCUCGGGGAUGCGUUUGGCGGCCCCGGGGCCGGACCCCUCCGAGCGCCAGCCGACGCUGGGUUAUGGGCAAGUCGGAAAGCCAGAUGGAUAUAACUGAAAUGAAUACUCCAAAACCAAAGAAGAAACUGCGAUGGAGUGCCCUGGAAAUAGGGCUAGCUGUUGUAGUGACUCUGCUAGCCAUUGUAGCAAUCACAAUGAUAGUUCUUUAUGCAACAUAUGAUGAUGGGGUUUGCAAAACAUCAGACUGUAUAAAAUCAGCAGCCCGAAUCCUUGAGAACAUGGACACCACUGCAGAACCUUGUAAUGAUUUCUACCAAUAUGCCUGUGGAGGAUGGCUUAAGAGGAACGUCAUUCCAGAAACCAGCUCCCGUUAUAGUAACUUUGACAUUUUAAGAGAUGAACUAGAAGUUGUUUUAAAAGAUGUCCUUGCCACACCAAGAAGUAAUGAUAUCAUAGCAGUGCAGAAGGCAAAAACUCUGUAUAGAUCAUGCAUAAAUGAAACUACCAUUGAUAGCAGAGGUGGAGGGCCUUUAAUUAGUUUGUUACCAAAUGUAUCUGACUGGCCUGUAGCAACAACUAACUGGGAUUCUUCCUAUGGUACUACUUGGACAGCUGAGACAGCUAUUGCACAGCUGAACUCCAGAUAUGGAAAAAAGGUCCUUAUUAAUUUUUUUGUUGGCACAGAUGAUAAAAAUUCCACAGCACAUAUCAUUCAUAUUGAUCAGCCUGGGCUUGGCCUGCCUUCUCGUGACUACUAUGACUGCACUGGUGCAUACAAAGAGGCAUGUUCUGCCUAUGUUGAUUUCAUGAUUUCUGUAGCUAAACUAAUCCUACAAGAAAGAAAUAUUUCUUUCAAUGAGAAUGAGAUUGCUGCACAGAUGAGAAGAGUUAUGGACCUGGAGAAAGAGAUUGCCAAUGCAACAACAAAAUCAGAAGACAGAAAUGAUCCACUUUUGUUGUACAAUAAAAUGACCUUGGCACAACUCCAGAACAACUUCUCAUUGGAAAUCAAUCAUAAGGUAUUCAACUGGUCAAAAUUCAUAAAUGAUAUAAUGUCAACUGUACAAAUUAAUGUUGAGAACACUGAACAUGUCAUUGUUUAUGACCCAGAAUACCUUAUCAAGCUGAAGUCUGUUCUUAGUAAAUACACUCCCAGAGACCUUCAAAAUUACAUGAUCUGGCGAUUCGUAAUGGAUCUUGUCAACAGCCUAAGUCGUAACUACAAGGAUACAAGGAAUGCUUUUCGUAAGGCACUUUAUGGCACAACAUCAGAAACUGCUGUUUGGCGUCGCUGUGCAAACUAUGUCAAUGGCAACAUGGAGAAUGCAGUGGGACGACUAUACGUAGAGGAAGCAUUUGCUGGAGACAGCAAACAUGUGGUUGAGGAAAUGAUUGCAGAUAUACGUGAUGUUUUUAUAAAAACCUUAUAUGAACUUACUUGGAUGGAUGCAGAAACCAAAAAGAAAGCAGAAAAAAAAGCAACAGCAAUCAGAGAGAGGAUUGGUUAUCCAGAUGAGAUCGUGACUGACGACAAUAAGCUCAACAGUGAGUACCAGGAGUUGAACUACAAAGAAGAAGAAUACUUCGAAAAUAUUAUUCAAAAUCUAGUAUUUACCCAGAAGAAGAGGUUGAAAAAGCUUAGAGAAAAGGUGGACAAAGAGGAGUGGAUAAGUGGAGCUGCUGUGGUCAAUGCCUUUUAUUCAGCAAGUAGAAAUCAGAUAGUCUUCCCCGCCGGCAUUCUGCAGCCCCCUUUCUUCAGUGCAUCCCAGCCCAAAUCUCUGAAUUACGGUGGCAUAGGCAUGGUCAUCGGUCAUGAAAUCACACAUGGUUUUGAUGACAAUGGCAGAAAUUUUAAUGAGAACGGAGACCUUGUAGACUGGUGGACUGAAGAAUCGGCCCGCAGUUUUAAGGAGCUAUCCCAGUGUAUGGUGUACCAGUAUGGAAACUUUUCAUGGGACCUAGCAGGUGGACAGCAUCUGAGUGGAAUCAACACACUAGGAGAAAACAUUGCUGAUAAUGGGGGUGUUAGACAAGCAUAUAAGGCCUAUGAAAACUUUGUGAAAAAGCAUGGAAAAGAAAAACUUCUUCCUGGUCUUGAAAUGAACCAUAAACAGCUGUUUUUUCUGAACUUCGCACAGGUAUGGUGUGGAACAUACAGACCAGAAUAUGCUGUGAACUCCAUCAAAACUGACGUGCACAGCCCAGGCAAAUUCAGGGUCAUAGGAUCAUUGCAAAACUCUCCGGAGUUCUCUGAAGCCUUUUCAUGCACCAAGACAAACUACAUGGAUCCUGCUAAGAAGUGCCAAGUUUGGUGAUGGAGCUGUAAACCUUGCAUCUCAAGAAGCUUUCCAGAAAAAAAGAGAAAUUUUGAAGAAAUUUUGAGAAGGGGAGGAAGGAGGAAAACUGAGGGGAAUAUGCCAGAGUAGUCACUGUAAUUCUUAGUAAACAGGCAAAAACAUACAAACAAAAAGAUCACACAUCAAAACAUGCAAUGAAGGACGAACGCCCAUGCAGCAGUGAGCUGCCCUAGCUGAUCAGCUGCUUUUCCUGUCACUGAACCCUGUAGAACCUAAAUCAUUUGACGAUGUACAGUAACACAUCCCUUGUAAUUAAUCCUGUUUCCCAAUGGCUUUUUGGAUUUAUUUUUAAAUGUCAAAGCAUAACACAUUAUUGCCCACUGGGCGGCGAAUGCAUAUUUCUGAUCAAGUGGAGGAAUGAAAUGCUAAGUGACCCACAGUUUUAGACAUCAUAACAUGAUAAUGAGACAACAGUUUAUUCCUUAAGUGUCAGACUUUGUACCCUCAGCUGUUAUGAUAAAUCUGUUCUACCAAAUGUUUUCAUUUUCACUUGAAACCAUUUAUACAAGAGGAGUCCAAAGACCUGCUGUAAUUAAGUAACUUCUCACUAAUUAUUCCAUGUGUGUUACCUGAAGUCACUAUUUACAACAGUUUAUUUACUGCUUUCCAGCCAAACUGAAACUGUAGGUAAUUUAUUAAUUUUUGAACAUAUAAUCUGUAAGAUUGUGAUCAAAGACCCUUUCACAGUUUUCUAAGCUUUUUCUUGCUUUCUCUGAAGUUGGUCUUUUUUAAAGUUUCUAGUAAUGUAUAAAUCAUAGUUUUUAUAUUUAAAUCUGAGCUACACUUUUGAAGUAUUGUAAUAUAUUUUAACAGUGGCUGCAUAGAACUGGGGAAUUUGAGUAAAGCAUGGUAUCAGACAAUAAGAUAAAGUCUACAAAACUGAGCUCUGCACUGGGAGCACACUAAUAUUCAAGUUUUCUGAUUUUCCCAGAGUUUAGGGUCUGAUCCUGCACAUAAUUUGUACACGUUCUGAUCUAUGUCAGUCCUCACAUCAGUAAAGCUGCACAGCUGAUUGCAAGAAUCAGAAGGAGCUUUAAGAAGGUAAAAGGCUUUAAAUCUGCAAUGAUAUGUAUUAAACAUCCUCAUGCAGAUUGCAAAGGAACUUACUGCUUUGUAUAUCAAAGCAAACAUUUUCAAAAAUAAGUACCAGAUACCUCAGAUGACUGCUACAAUAGGUAUAUUUAAAAACCUAUGUUCCUUUUAGCUUUCCAAGUUUGUCAUCUGAUAAAAACAUUUUGAUAAUAAACUGAAAUUAUGAGCCAAAUGCAAUGUGUGUUCU